AUGAACGAGAAACAAGAACCUCUCCCAACAUCGAAAGAACAGAGACGGCUUUCGGGCUCGAGGUAUCUGAAGUUGAAUAGGUUACCUACUCUUCAAGAAGUUUUGGAUAGACGUACUAGACCACCCCUUGAUCUAUUUUGUUUCUACAUAUUCCUUCAACGUGAAUCUGCAGAAGAUGCUUUAGAUUUCUGGUUGGAUGUCCAACAACAUGAAAACAUGUGUAAAGCGUAUUUCAAGGAUCUGAGAAGAACAGGUAAAUCAGUUGAAGAAGAUUGGCCUGAAUUCGCAGAUUAUGCUAGAAACAAUGGAUCUCAUUUCUCACCAUUACUUUCAUUAUCCACUGAACCUAAUUCACCUAAUCCCCAACAGAGUCAAGGUCAAACUCAAGAUCAAGGUGAUUUCUCGCCUCGAUCCAACCAAGGCGCAUUUGAUUCACCCACACUUGGUAACGGAAGAGAGAGGAGAGAUACGGAAUCACACGGAGGGAUUAGACCUGGUUCAGCGGCAGCAUCAGCAGCAGGAAGAACGACUUUUUCACCCACUCCUUCAACAGCGAAUGAACUUGGUAUAGCUCAAUACAAAGAUAGACCAUCAAAUACUCCAAGUGGAAGAAUGUCGUUAAGAGGUAAAUUCGGUACUGGCGAAAGAAAAACAAAAGCUCCUACUGUUAUUGCUAGAGAUAGAGCAAUUGAAAAAAACGCUUUGGUCGAAGGUGCAGAAAGGAUUUAUCUGAGAUAUCUUUUGCCUGGUGCAGAAAGAGAAAUCUAUUUACCACCUUCACUCCGAAUUCAUAAUUUCCCAAUAUCAAAUACAAGGGACGCAUCACCUUUGAUACCAGAUUUAUUCCAUUUACAAAAAGUAUAUAUCUUCAAAGCGUUAGAACAAGAUGCUUUCCCAAGAUUUCUUCGAGCAAAAGCGUUUGGAAAUUUAACUCCAUUAGGUUCAUUCGUUAGAUUGAUCGCUGGUUUAAUCUGUUUAUGGGGUGGAUUCGUAUUGGCUUUUUCAUUGAUCUUCUUGGAUUUCAAACCGAAAUUAACCAGAUUAUGGACUAUCCUACCAUUCAUCUUCGCUACCAACCUUCUUUUAUCAUCAUAUUACUCUCUAUCACCUUUACUAGCCCUAUUUAACCAAUCUGAAACCACACCGUUCAAAACGAUAAGAGUGAAAGAAAAAUACGUUAGGAAAUUGCUUACAAUCAGAGCGUUAUGGAUUGAACUGGUCUGUAUACUAAUCACCGCGAUUUUAGUGGUUAUCUUCACUGUAGUUCCUGGACAUAGAUUGUGA